UGCUGCUGCUGCUGCUGCUGCUGCUGCUGCUGCUGCUCUGUCGUUCACGGUCCACGGUUCGCCAGAGAGUCAGUCUGCUACUGUUUCUGCGAAUGCUGCUGGUGCUUCUGCCUCGCCUCCCUCAGAGUUUGCUGAUGAGCUCUUGGGCGCUCCUAUUCGUCGGAUGGAGCUCCUGUUGUGGAUGGCUGGCUGGCUGGCUGUGUUAUGGCGCUAGCGGCGGGUACGCCAGUUUCGUGGACGGAGUGUUAUGGUCGGAAUGUUGCGUCGGCCGAAGUAAACCCGGCCCGCACAGGGGGGCCAGGAACCGCCGGGCUGAGCGAGCGAGUGCUGUGUGAUGAGUGAGGCAGCAGAAGCUGCAGCUGAAUGCGUAGCACACGGCACUGACCGCAACAGGAUCAUUCUGAGGAAAGAAGAUGAAUAGUAGCAGGUAGAAAGGCUUCUUCAGCUCGACCAAGCUGCCUGGAGAUCAGGAGAAGCCAUGGUGGCAAGGAAGUGCAUACAUACAUACCUUGGCUUUACCUUGAAGUGAGGCUCUGCGACGCAUGACAGCAGCAGGCCUCGGCCUAGCCAGCUGCAUUGCGACGGGAUGGUCAAAUAGAGCUCAUAUAACAAUGAGACGUAGCUUCCCUGUCAGUCUGGAUCGAAAUGCAGCCUGCCUCGGGCCAUGAAGGGGAUGUGCUACCAUCUGGACAACGUCGUUGCUGUUGUUGACCUGGAUGUCGACGCAAAACGCAGACCGAGAAAGCGUCCCGCACGAGGCUGGUGAGCACUUGUAUGGCGUAG